CGUUACGCUAACUUUAGCUUGAAUCAGUCGACUGCUUACGACGCUAUUGACAGCACACGUAAACAAAGACAAUGUCGCACCCAGGGAAAAUCCUUGCGUUGCUCCUGGUGGUGAGCCUCGGUGCUGAAGCAUCGGCCAGUAGCUCGGAACCGAUAUUAUUCUUUGGGCGUCAGUCCUACAAAGACUUGAGUUGGGUGGAUGUCAAAUGCACGGAACAUCUGCCUGACCAAAACCGUACCCGGUGUGUGGUGAAUCUCGUUCUCGAAAAGGAACCACGCGACGUGUUGACCAAUGCUUGCCACGUCAGACUGAGAACGGGGCGCUACCCCCUCCAGCCCGACUCCAUGCAGGUGGUUCGCUUUGGCGACUACAGGGCCAUUCUGAGCUGGCAGGUGCAGCUUGAGCACAGCAAUAAGACCAGCUGGCGACUCGGCGUCAUGGACUUGAAGCGCUGCAGGUUUCACGAGAGCCCGAUGGAUCACGGCUGGAAAUUACAACCCGUGAGCUUUGUCGUGCACGAGAAUGAAUUUACCGUCGUAGUCUUCAGUGAAUCUCCAGAUAGUCCGUGCGCCGUGCCAGACUCGGGUCGCAACGUGCCGAGGUGUAAGAUCCGUUUCGACUAUGAAGGCGAUCGUAUCGGCAAUGCCGUGGUUUGGUUCGUCCAGCCCCAACGGGACGACAAAAUGAUAGUGGAACCGUUGGGGAAUUCGAUGGCUGGAUACCUACUCAUUGAGACUUCCAAUCCAAAGAACUCGACUUCAGUCGUCGCUCGCGCUUCCAUUAUCAAAAAUGACGGUAAACUGCUGACACUUGGUAGCUACGAGUUGGUGAGCAGCACAUCAGGCAAUCCUUACGAUAACAUAGCUUACUCGAAGGUCAACGGCAUCAUCGGCAUCUGCGUCGAGACCAAAGGUGAUCAGCUCAUUUGCAGCCAGUUCGAUCGGGAAGGCAAUAAGACGCUCGAGAAGUCUAUCCCGGUGAAGCGAAAGAACAAAUACUUUAUGAUGAAUCUGCCGCGUCCCGGUGGGAUGAUGUUGCUCAGUUACAUUUGCACAGACCCGGACAACUUGUGCAAUCUCGUGGACUCGAUUACGAUCUCCAUAUCAAAAAUCGAAAGCAACGGAGACAUCGUGCCGGAUGUGUUUGAAAGGAAAGAAUUGUACACGUGCAACAAAAAGUUGUAUCGGGGUGACGUACAACUCUUUUCUGUGGGCCCGGAUCACUACUGCUACACCCAAGCCUGUAUCGGUUACCCGAAGGACGCCAGCAUGAGGAGUCCCAUGAUUGACUCAAUAUGCUUUUUGGCACGAUCGAAGGAGAUCACCGAUUCGAAUACUAGAGGGAUCGCAUACUUCGAUCAUCACAGCUACUACAAGAACACGACUCACCUGACGGUGUACUGCGGCCACUUGGCCCAUCGCGACGACGGCAAACAAUUGUGCGAGGUGAGUCGCUACAUCGAUCAGCGCCUUCAGAAAACGUGCGAAGUCUGGCUGCAGUCGGACCAGCAACCGAUCAAGCCUGAGCAUAUGCAGGCGCUGCUUUUCAACGACGACAAGGCCAUUCUGAGCUGGCAGGCAUACGCCAACGAACUCCACGGAGCGUGGCGAUUGCUGGUCGUUCACUUCGAGGACUGCUCCUGGUAUCAGCCCGAAACGAAGUCCUGGCCUUACGUGCCCACGAACAUCGUGGUGUACAAAAAUUAUUUCGCUGCGGUGGUCACGAGCACGACGGAGGAUUCGUGCAAGAUGUCAGGCUCGGGCUACAACGUGAAGAGGUGCAUGAUGUUAUUCGACGACAAAGGCCAAAAUACCGCUGGGCCCCUCAAUUGGUUCUUACAGUCCGAACGGGACGACGACAUGACGCUGGUGCCGUUGGAGUACGAGAGUUCAGUGAACGGCCAUCUGCUCAUCGAGACGUCCAAAAAACCCAAUUGGCUAUUCGCUCGUGUCGCCAUUGUGAAAAAUGACGGCCAACUGGUGACGCUUCGCAGCUACCAGCACGUGAGCGAUAAGUCAGGCGAUCUACACGAUGCGAUAGCCUACUCGACGGACAACGGCUUCAUCGGCGUCUGCGUUGAGAUCCGAGAAAAUGGCCAAGAGAAAAUCAUUUGCAACCAGUUCGAUCGGGACGGCAAGCAGACGCUCGAGAAGAUAUUCAACUUGGGGCGAAAACAAGGGUUCGCCGUGAUAAAUCUGGCCAAGCCUGGCACUAUGCUGCUCCUUCAUUACGUGUGUACCGAUCCUCAGAGCCGGUGCGAGAAUCGAAACUCGUCGGUGGUCGUCGUAUCGAGGAUCGAAAACGACAAAGACACCCCCCAGCCUGUGUUCAACAGUUUUUCAGAAUACCAGUGCGAUAGGCGGUUCAAUAUAGCUUCAGCUCAGCUAUUUGUGAAGGACUCGGGCCAGUACUGCUUCACGCAAGUCUGUUAUAGGGACCCGAAGGAUCAGGACAACUUCUACAGACCCGUGAUUUACCCGACUUGCUUACCCGAAAAGGCGCUCGAAGCUACCGCCGACCAGAAGAUGUUGAGGUUCAUAUUAUGAUGAUGACGAUUUUGUUUGUACACGCAGAGUGUACUUGGACACAUUUUGGUCGAUUAAUUUUGUUUUUGUUCCAUUUGAUACAAUUUUACUCUUGUUAUAAAUAGCUACCAGACGUUUUAAAUUAUAAUGGGUACAUACAUUUGACAUGACUUCAAUCGAAAUAAAUAAAUAGCUUUUUGAAAUUAAAA